AUGCUUCUUUCCGCCGCUGGAGCUGUUUCCUCUCCAAAAUACAAAUCAGAAGAGGCUCCAGAAUUUCCAUCCUCCCUCAGCCCAUCCCAAGUGCAGCGUGGCUUGCCCCGUGCAGAUCCCUCACCCCACCAUUCACUCCUGCAAGGCAGAAAGCUGUAUGCUGUCAUCGAUGCAGUGCCCGCGCGCCGUUGGAAAGAGUUUGUGCGAGGCCUGGGGCUCCGUGACGGCGAGAUCGAGUCUGUGGAAGUGGAACACAGGCAGCUCCGGGAGCAGCAGUACGAGAUGCUGAAACGCUGGCGGCAGCAGCAGGGUGCCACCGUAGAUGCUAUCUUUGCUGUGCUGGAAGACAUGCAGCUGGGAGGCUGUGCUCACGAGCUGAGGGAGCAGCUGCAGCCAAGCAACCUGCUGCCCAGCCACCUCUGAGUUGGGCUGCUAAGUGUUACCAACCUCCAGGCGGCGCUCUGAGUUCCCCCAGAACUGCAGCUCAUCUCCAACCUACAGAGAUUCCCUGGGAGAAAAUGCCAACUUUGGAGGGCGGAUUCUAUGGUAUACUAUAGAGUCAAGGAGAAAUGGAAGGCCUAGAGUGACAUUAUAUCCCUGCUGGGCUUCCGAGCUCCACCCUCUCCAGGCACCACCCCCAAAUCUCCAGGGAUUUCCCAAGUCAGAGUUGGCCACCCUACAGGGCACGGGCUGCAAGGCCUCUCCUCUAUCUGUGUGCCUUCCUGGCCUGCUGUUGGGCAAAGGUCAUGGUCAAACUUGAUGGGAACAGAAGACUUAGCUGAAAAGCUGAAUCAAUACAACAAGGACCAAGGAGGCUUGGUUGUGUAUUCGGCUUCUGUGAGCAUAAGGCGGCACAGGAAACCUGCAGCCAACCCUCCUUGUGAGAAUCCUGCCUCUCCAGGACAUAUCUGUACUUUUGUUACAAACAUUACCUUUUAAAGGUGCGCUCUUAACCCAUUCCCUAACUCCCCUCCACACUAAUAAUUUAUGGAUUUGUUCGAUGGACAAAAAAUAGUGGGUAAGCCCUGAGUUCAAAUCUAAUUUUAAAAUACUAGAGAAAGUUAGCACUUUUAGGCUAA